AUGUUCACCAUCCACCUGGCCAUCCGGCGCACGGCUUGGAAGAACACGCGCCGCGCCAAGCUGCACUUCGUCGACCUCGCAGGGUGGGUCUCGCAACGCCGCAAUGAGACGCUAGCAACUUGCCGCUUUGCCCAACGAGUAGCACUCGUGAAGAAUGAAGCUACUCUUAAUGAGGACAGAGAUCCCAUGCAAGAAGUGUCAGUGUUGAAAGCAGAAGUGAAGAGACUGAAAGAUCAAAUUAGAUUACUUUCAAAUGACAAGCACUAUGUUGAUGGUCACCUGUCACCUGCUGAGGAAACAGAAUGUCGAGAGCUGGUUGAUGCAUUCUUGGAAAAUUCCCAAACUCUGGAGUUGCCCAUGGACCUUCGUAAAAUUGAAUACUGCUGUUUUCUGCUCAAAGAAGCUGUGGUGGAAGCUCGUAGGGGAAACAACUUUCCCAAACAUGAAAGAGGCACCUCUCAGCAUGUAGAAAAAUGUAUGCAGAAGCUGUUGCAGCAGCGGAAUAAUGAAAUAGCCAUUCUAACUGAACUUUUACGAAAGGAAAGAAAACAUAGAAUGAAUUCAAAAUCACCAAAAAGAACAUUGAGUCCACCUGGACCAAAGCCAAGCUUUGAUGAUUAUCAAAAACUCAUUAGACAUGCAGGGGUCUCCCUGAAUAAACAUGAGCAAGCAGCCUUAAAGAAGUACGCAGCCAAUCCCUCCCACACGAAUGAAGUUGACAACCUCAAGGCACAGCUUAGACUCAGACACACAGCGGCCAAGAAAAUCCAUGAUAAAAUAGAGGAAAACAAAGCAAGAAUAGCAUUUAGAGCCCAGUAG